AUGGGCCGCGUUGGCACCAAAGCCGUGAAGAAGGCAGCCCAGGUCGUCACGGAGAGGUACACGGGUAGCUAUGUCCGCACCGGCAACCGCGUGUGCAAGGAGAUGGCCACUAUUCCCAGCAAGAGCUCUGCAACAAGAGAGCAGGCUGUCACGCAUCAGACGGAGCACAUUCAGAGAGGCCCAGUGAGAGGGCUCUCUGUCAAGCUGUUGAGAGAAAAGAGAGAAAAUUAUGGUCCUGAGGUCUCAGCCCCGGAUCAGGAGAGCACGGAGGUAGAUCCUCACACCAAGGAAAUAUUGAAACCCUUGCACUUUGCCAGUCUGUCCGACCUGCAGGUCACUUGGCCUAUGGUUGGGAUGUGUUUCAAAACACCACAUGGAGGGGCGCAUGGGUGGCUCAUGACUGAAAAGCAACAGUAG